AUUUUUUUCAUGAAUAAACUUUCUUUAAAAAAUAAUAAUAAUAUUAACGCGUUAAUAUUAUUUAAGAUGGAACCGCCUCCUUUACAUAUACCUGAUAACAAUGAAUAUCCUGAAUCAAUCAAUAAUAUUUAUUCGAAUGAAUUUUCACAACCAGUAACAGAUAAAUCCCAAAAUAACCCUUGUAAUUGUAAUAGUUGUCUUUCUCUUUAUGUUAAUAAUAAUAAUAAUACAUUUACUACCAAUAAUUUUAAUACUGUUGCUAAUCCUCCACUUAUACAACAAUUUAUCAAUGAUGCUAACGAAAGAAGUUCACCAAUCUUUAUUCCAAAGGAAGAACAACGUAUUAUUGGUAAUGAACAACAAUUACAACCUAUUCCAGAUAUUUCAACUGAUACAACUGUUAACUAUACAGAACUUUUUAAGAUAGAAAUUUCUGGGGGAGUUGAAAUUGUUGUUAGAAAAAAAUCAUUACAAAAUUUGAAUUAUCAUAAUUCAGAAACACAACAACAACAACAACAACAACAACAACAACAACAACAUCAACAACAACAUCAACAACAACAUCAACAUCAACAUCAACAUCAACAUCAACAGAUUACUUCAAAUUUAACUAAUCGAGUUGGAAGAAUUCAGAAUAGAAUGCAUCCAUAUCAAAUGCCUAUUGAACAUAAUUCUUGCCCUCGUACUUAUGCUGAUUUAACUCCACAAAUAAAUCAACAAGGCAACAUUUCUGAUAUUAAUCAAAAUUAUGUUAAUCAAUAAAUGAUAAUAUGCUAAAUUUUUUAAGUAUGAAUGAAAUAAGAUAUUAUUUAUGGUAAUAAGCAUUGAUUUACGUUUUUAAUUAUACAAUUAAUUUGAUUAUGAUU